UUGCCAGCGAGGGCCUGCGCACGCUGCUCUUGGCGCAGCGCGUCCUGCCCGAGACCGAGUACCAGGCCUGGCGAAAGCUGUACCACGACGCGACCAUCAGCCUGACGGACCGCGACGAGCGCAUUGAGGCCGUGGGCGAGAUGAGCGAGCAGAACCUGGACCUGGUGGGCGCGUCGGCCAUCGAGGACAAGCUGCAGAAGGGCGUGCCGCAGGCGAUCGACAAGCUGCGCCGCGCCAACAUCAAGAGCUGGAUGCUGACGGGCGACAAGCGCGAGACGGCCAUCAACAUCGCGCACUCGGCGCGCAUCUGCAAGCCGCACUCGGACAUCUUCAUCCUGGACGCGACCAAGGGCGACCUCGCGGCGCAGCUGCUGGGCGUCGUCGAGGAGCUGCAGCUGCAGCUCGAGACGGGCUCGCGGUCGCCGGGCGGGCCCGGCAGCCACCACACGGUCGUCUGCGUCGACGGGCACACCCUCGUCGCCAUCGAGGCGUCGCCCUCGGACGCCCUGCGCACCCUCUUCUACGAGCUCAUCCCGAC